UGGUUUACUCUGCCUCAUUCUUUACCCCCAUGGUGUUUGGUCUUGGGAGCUCUGAGUCUCUUUGAGUGUUCGAUGAAUGGCAAAUGCAUAAGGACACACCACCCAGAUAUUUGUAUAUGAUAUUGGGUGUUGUGGCCUCCCUGAGGCUGAUGUGACCCCCCCCCCAUCCAGUGCAUGGCAGCGGAGCAGGGGUUUGAGAAGAGGAUCACUGAAAUGGGUCCGGGAGGGUGAAGGACCAUGAGGAUAAAUUUCUUAUUGUUGGAAUUGGGAGACCCACCCAUAGGGAGCCCACCCUGGGUCCUGGGUCACUGCCUCCACUGGGAGACUCAUCCCUGGGCUCCCCCUCAGAUUGGGGGCUCCUCUCCGAACAUCCUUGUCAAGAUCACCUGACUCCAGCAGCUGCCAAAGCCCUGGGCAACGCCAAGAGCCUCCUGGCCUCAAACGGGUUGGGCGACAUUCACUUCCCUCCACUGUCCUCCAGACCUGCUCAGUCAUUAAGAAAUGCCUCAGCGGCGGCUGUCACAGUAACAGCAGCAGGAAGACGUGCUGUCUGCCCAGCACCUGUGGGUGGCUCAGAUCUGCUCCGCGGAGGACGUGGUGGAGAGGUGGAUGCUGAUCCCAGCAAAUUAUACAUAUCCACUACUCUAAAGUUUCAUGAAGGACCUUCUUGAACCGGCUUAUCUUCGAUGCCAAAGGCUUCGAUCCCAGUGACUUUGGCCAUUUCCAACAUAUCAGACACAUCCUCGAAGGAUGAAAAUCUGCCUUUGCCAAGGUUAACCAGGAGGUUCUCUCUCACUGCCUCAGGCAGCGCAGUAAGAAUCUGAAGAAUGAGUGAGCUGUGGCAGGCGGAGGUACGAGCCCACAGCUCCCUGCCGUGACUACACAGAGGGCCAGCAGGCAUUUGGAUGUCUAAGGCCCUGCCUUGGCAGAGUGGCCAUGUCCGAAGGAGAGAGCAAAGACAGCUCGGGCAGCGAGUGCCCCGUGUGCUACGAGAAGUUCCGCGACCUGGAGGGCGCCAGCCGCACGCUGAGCUGCGGCCACGUGUUUUGCCACGACUGCCUGGUCAAGUACCUGCUCUCCACCCGCGUGGACGGCCAGGUCCAGAGGACCAUCGUCUGCCCCAUCUGCCGCUACGUCACCUUCCUCAGCAAGAAGAGCUCCCGCUGGCCCUCGGUGCUGGACCGGAGCUCGCAGACCCUGGCCGUGCCCAUGGGCCUGCCCGACGCCCUGGGCCACACGAACCCCCAGGUGUGGAGGCCGGCCCCCAGCCAGGGCGCCCAGCCCCCCUCAGACCCGCCACCUGGCCUGGUCCGGGAGCCCCAGGUCUUUGUCAUUAGCCGCCACGGGAUGCCCCUGGGGGAGCAGGACAGCGUGCUGCCCCGCCGCAGCCUGGCCGAGCUGUCUGAGGCGUCACCGGCCCCCAGUGCAGGCCGGGCCUUCUGCUGCCGCUCACGGGCCCUGCUGCUCAUCACGCUCGUCGCAGUGGUGGCUGUGGUGGCCGCCAUCCUGCCCUGGGUGCUGCUGGUGAGGAAGCAGGCCUGAGCGCCACCCUGGGCUGAGUGUAGCUGGCGGGGGAGGGGGGGCCUGGAUGGGGCGAGACCCCAGGGCCAGCAGUCUGGACCCUGGAUGGCGUCCCCACCUCCCACACCACCUGCCCCAUGGGGGGAGGCUGGGCGCUGAUGAUCUCUACGGCUGGAGCUGAGCUCUGGGCCCAAACCCAAACUCCAUGCAUCCAGGGUACAAAAUGGGGUGCCAACCCUUUCUGGGAGCAACAGCUAUGUCCCUCCCUGGAUGGGGGGCUAUCCUCAACAGAUACUUCCCCCUCCUCCAGGCUGGAACUGAGCAAGGUGGGAAGACAGGUGGUCCCCCUCGUACUAUGGGGUCACCAGCCCUGAGAUGUGGUCCCUAUCUGCCAGGUGACCCACCUGAAGCCAGGUGGGGCCAGAUGGGGCCCUAUAGUGGCUGGAUGGGGGCUCCAAGGCAGGACUCGUCCAGGUCAGAGUUCCCACCCAGGCUUCUCUAGCUGGCUCGCAGGAACAAACAGAAGGAGUGGCUCAGGGGUCAAAGCACCUUUCCCAGGAUCUCAGCAACCACCCAUGAGCCUACAGCUGGGCAAGCAUAUGCCUUCCCGCCCCCAAAUCACCAGCCUGUAAGGUCUUCGCUGGUGGAGAAGCUGAUCUCAGAGGCUGUGGCCUAGGAUUUCUGGGAGACAUGACAGGAAAGCAUCAUCCUGGGGAAUGUGGCAACAUCAAGGCACAGGAGUGGAGGCUAGAGGUCUCUGCAAGCCUCCCAAGCCCAAGGAGUGGUCCAAAGUUUGAAUCCUGGAGUUCCCAAGGAUGGACUGGUGGGCCAGGAGCACAGGGGGAGCCUGAAGGCCGAGACUUGAGUCAGCGGAGAGCUAUGCGGGCAAAUUAACCCCUAGGGGCUGCCCCCACUCCUUCCUAGCCCAGGUCCUCCUCCUCCUCCUCAUGACCCAACCACUUAUUAGAGGCCACACCAGCUGGGCCAGUUUCCCUGGGCGGAUUCCCAGCUGGGCAAGGAUGGGUGUGCUUGUCAGGGACGCCACUGUCUCAACAAAUGCUGAACCCCAGCUCCUGCCAACCCCACCCUGGGCUGUGCUAGGGCUCCGCGGGGACGGCCACUCAAGAAGCCUCAGACUGGGUCUUGCCUGUGGGGCAAGUCACUUGCAGACAGCUGUUUUCUAUUUAGUAAGGGCCAUGAUCUUUAUUUUUGAAUUAAAAACAACAAAAACUUCCAGAUCCUCUCUCAAACAGGUGGUUGUUCACAAGCCAGGCGUGCCAGCAGCUAAGUCCCCCUGCAACUUAUACCUCCCUCGGCAAAGGUCACUAUCGGUGGGGAAAGAAACAGCACCCUGCCUUUUAUCUGGUUCCCAAGUCCCCAGACCCAUUUGGGGACCCCUGGGGAAUGGGGUUCCCCCCCAGAGGGGAUAUUUGGGACACAUGGAGAGCUGAUUGAAAACACUUAUGGUCUUCUUUAUGCUCUUUUCAAGACUAGAGAAGCACAUAGGUGCUAUUUGGGGAGGGAUACAGGUGGGUUCAUGGGAAAUAUAUUUAUUAUAGGACUAAAAAUGCUAAAUUUACAAAGACUCCAAUGAGUCUUGUUUUAACCUCAGCCAGGCUGCUUUAAACAACGUCAUGAAUUUCUGGGGAUGUGAUUCUCAGAUUCCGUUGCAUUUGCCAAAAGUUGAUUUCAAAAUACCCGCAGUGUUUUCAUAUUGUUCAGAGGUGACUCCCAGACGGCACUUCUUUUAUUUUCAGAGAAUGUCGAAUGGCUAUUUUAUAAAUAAAGGUAUAUGUAUAUUUUCUCAAA